AGAGAGAGAGCGGCCAGGAGAGGGAGGAGGAGAGUCGGCAGUCAUCUGAUUCUUUUCCUGUCCCACCCUCUACCGGACAGACGGGAAGAGCUGACGGCACUCGAGCUCCACACUCCGCCUCUGAGAGCGACUCAACACGGGCGACGCGGAGCAGCAGAAACGACGCGACGCCACUGAAACAGCGAGACGCGAUCAGCCGCCCAGAAAGAAGUUCCAGAACUUGAGCAGAACUUCAGAAACUGACCAGACCCGCGAUGAUCGGAGAAACCUGACGACGCGAGCGCGUUUCUCGGCGCGUUUGGCCGCGAGUCGGAGCGGCUUUUCCUGCUAUUCUUCUUCUGAGCGCUUCCUGCUCGGGCAAAACCACCAACAGCUAAAAAUACUGAGCCCUCAAUGGAGCCCUGAGCACAGACUUCAGCUCUCCAGGGCCGAUGCGUCUCCAGUCGCACGGGGGUUUUACAAGGACUUGAGAUCUUUGAGAUGUUUUCCUCUCGUAUGUGAUGUUUUGGGGGUAGAUGCUCCUGGAGUGACUGAUUUGGUGUCUAGAUGGGGAUCAAUGACUGAUGGAGACGCUUCCACCGAUGAUCCGGGCGUACAGGGUUGUGACGAACCCACAUGAACUUCAACAUCACGCUUCUUCUGAUUUCACUCAAAGUGCCUUGUAAACUCUCCAUGGAGCCGCUGAAGAACAUAUUCUCCCGCGGCCCGCUGUCCGCCUGGAAGAGUCUGGAUCAGACUCAGAAGGGUAACUUCACCAACCCGGUUUGGACCGCUUUGUUCGACUACGAGGCUUCGGGGAUAGACGAACUCACGCUGCGUAAAGGAGACCUAGUGGAGGUCCUGUCUCUGGAUUCGGAGAUAUCCGGAGACGAAGGAUGGUGGGCGGGAAAGGUCAACAACAAGGUGGGAAUCUUCCCGUCCAACUAUGUCUCCUUCAAGCCCAGUGGAUACGGUGAGCUGCAGGGCUCGGGUCUGGGACCGGCCGUGGUGAGCGAGCUGGAGCCGGACACGGUGGACUUCAGCGAGCUGAGUCUGGAGGAGGUCAUCGGGGUCGGCGGCUUCGGGAAGGUCUACCGAGGGACCUGGAAGGGCGAGUUGGUGGCCGUGAAAGCAGCCCGUCAGGAUCCAGACGAGGACAUCAGCGUCACGGCGCAGAGCGUCCAGAACGAAGCCAGGCUCUUCGCCAUGCUCAAGCACCCCAACAUCAUCGCACUCAUCGGUGUUUGCCUGCAGGAGCCCAACCUGUGUCUGGUCAUGGAGUACGCGUCCGGUGGCCCACUGAGCCGCGCUCUGGCCGGACGAAGGAUCCCGCCACAUGUGCUGGUCAACUGGGCGGUGCAGAUCGCCCGAGGGAUGCAGUACCUGCACAACGAGGCCAUCGUCCCCGUCAUCCACCGAGACCUCAAGUCCAACAACAUUCUGCUGGCAGAGCCUGUGGAGCAGGACAGCAUCGAGGGUAAAACCCUGAAGAUCACAGAUUUCGGUCUGGCGCGUGAGUGGCACAAUACGACGAAGAUGAGCACCGCAGGAACCUACGCCUGGAUGGCCCCGGAGGUCAUCAAAUCCUCCACCUUCUCCAAAGGCAGCGACGUCUGGAG